UAAUUAGGACAGGGCAGAGCAGGCUAAACGGCGGAACGGUACGAGACAUGCCCGACAUUGCAGGCAGAGCAGUGGAAUCGUGAACUGAGAAUUCUGCUCCAGCCGACAUAGUGAGAACCCGUCAAACACAGCUCCUCGUUAAAUCGUGAAUUGUGAACGAGUCGAAUAUAGUGGAGUUCUGAAACUCGGUAAUCCCGGCAUGCUUAUCAAGUGAUGGAGUGACAGCUGAUAUGAAACUGGUGCAAGAUAUUGGUUUUGGGAUGAAUGUUGCAUCUUCAUUUGAGUCUCAAGACAAGUUUAACAGCAGCAUGAACGGACUAUUCCAUGAGCCUGAAAGCAAUGAUGUUAAUAACGGACAUGACAAUGAUAUAGAGGAAGCAGAAAAUACUUGUAAAACUGGUAAAGAUGAAGUGAAGGAGGUGCAGUCAAUGGAAGAAGGAGAUAAAAAUGAGAAAAUCGACAAAAAUGCUGUUAGUGCCAAAAGUGGUAAGAAGAAUGAAGAUAUCAGCGGUAAAGAGGAGAUUCUUUUGAAUGAUGAAGAAUAUAAUUAUAACAGCAAAGAGGAGAGUUUAGGAAAUGAAGAAGAUAAUGAUAACGACGAUUCAGAUGCUCUUGGUAUAACUUGUGACAAGGAUGCCGAUAUUUCUGGAAAGGUUUCUGAAGAAAAUGUAAACACAGAAAGCAGCAAUACUAAUGAUAGCAUUAAUAAACUGAGCUUUAAUUCAGCUGAAAUCUCUGAAUUAAUGAAAGAUAAAACAGAUGAUGAUAACCUAGGGAAAGAAGAUGCAGAUUUUAAUAGAAAUGAUAGAACCGAGGACAAAAAGUCAGUAAUGGAGGAAAAUGUUUUUCAAAAAUCUAAAGAGGAUCAACAAGAUAUGGAAUGUGACAAUUCAGCUGAGAAGGUUGAUGAAAAGAACAUGGAUAAAAUCAAUCCGGAAAAGCAGUCAAAUAAAGAUGAGAUUGCAGAAAUAGAUAAAUUUAAUUCAGAAAAGAAGUCAGAUGAAGCUGAGAUUGCAGAAGAGAUUGAAGAAAACGAAAAAAUGGUAGCGAGCACGGAAGUUGUCAAACCUUCAGAAGAGAGCACACAAAUAGAUCUUAAAUCCCUGAAUAAACCAGACAGAAGAAUGCCUAUAGAUGAAACUUCUUCGGAAGUCAAGGACAAGAACUCAUUAGAUGCUCAAAAAUCGACUGAUAUCUUUGACUUAUUACUGCCGACAGAAAAGAAGAAGGAAGAAAAUUGUGCUUCUGAUAAAUCCGAUAACGAGGAUGAUAUAUUAGAGAUACCAAAUACAAAUGUAAAAGUUGAUUCGAAUCUGAAGAUGGUCAAUGAAAGUGAAAAGGAUGUUCCCUCUGAUGAUGACAUUGAAGAAAUACCCGUUAAGGCCGCAAAUAAAUCUGCCAAAUCUUCUGAAGUUCAAAAUGAGAUUAGCAUAGAGCCAGUCGAUCUCAACGAGUCUGACAUAGAUGAGGACGAGGAGGAAACUGCCCCACCGAUCUCUACAAAGGAUAAACCAGCAGUAAAGGAGAACAAAACACAGGAUGAAAUUAUACUGGAUGAUGACGAUUGCAGGAUAGAGGAAGACGUGGUGAACUACAAUGAGGCCGUCAAGGAGAUAAACAAGAUAGCCGCUGAUCAGAAGAUGCUCAUGGAAGAAACACAUUCAGGAUCAGGGAAAAAAAGAUCCAAUGAUGGAAUUAGUAUCAGUCCAGUUGUCAAAAAGAUGAGAACCCAGGAAACAUCUGAACUCCUUAAUGGGGAAAUCAAAUCUAACCCAGUUAUGAAUGGUUUGACUAGUAAGAUGCUGAAAAAGAUGAAAAAGAUGCCAAGAAGGUCCCUGGAACAGUUUUGUGUGGAGCAAAUUGUUCAUGGAAUUCACAGUGAAAGCAAAUUGGCGGAGUUAAUGAGAAAAGACGAGACUAAUAAAAACACACUUGACAACCAAAAGCAACAGAUAGAAUCUUUAAAGAAACAGCUUUACAAUAUCCAGAAUGUGAUCAAAAAGUAUUUGGUGGACCGAACCCUGCCAGGACCCAAGACAGGAGUGCAAAAGAUUACACGUAGCGUUGGUCUUCAAGUUGUCAUGAGCAAUAGUGGUGUUGUUCCAUACCGUGGAGCUCCUCGAGGACGAGGAGGAAGAGUACUUCAGCCUAGACCUAGCGGAGGGGCAGUUAGGCCUCCACUUCCCAGUCCACCUGUUCGUCCUGUAAAUCCAAGUACAAGACCAGUAGUUAAACCAACCCAAUCUCUCAAUACCAUGAUCUCCAGACCUCUGACUGUUAACAGAGUAAACCAAGCAUCAACUUCUCCCAAACCUUCUGGCAAAGCUCAGCCAGAGAUAGUGGAAUUAGAUCUAUCUGAUGAUGAAAGUCCAUCGCCAGGCUCAAACAGACCUCCUCCAACUCCUACUCGACCUGUAGUUAAAACUAAAGUCAAUACACCAGGUUUCGGUGCUCUGCCUGUGAAUCGUCAUCCAGCUCCAUUGCCUAACUCUCCACGGGUUUUGAUGAUGCCUGGCCUCAAGAGUCAGCCUCCUAGGCCUAUCCUUACUAUAAGACAAGGAUCUGAGGGGGUGGUUCUUAGUUGGACUAUGGGGUUAAAUGUGCUAGAUCAUGAACCUGUCUCACAGUAUCAUAUAUACGCAUACCAGGAGAUCUUGGGACAGAGACCUGACCAAAGUCUGUGGAAGAAGGUUGGAAAUGUGAAGGCUCUACCCCUGCCUAUGGCUUGUACACUGAAACAGUUUGCCCCAGGGAACCGCUACCACUUCGCUGUGAGAGCCUCAGAUACACAUGGAAGACAUGGACCCUUCUCUGAUCCUCAUUCUAUUCAAAAUUGAUUUUUAAAAUAUGAACACUUUUGUAUAUGCCAAACUAAAUUAAUAAAUGUUAGAACUUAAAAAA